AUGGACGUAGCGGUUGAGGAGCCAGCUGCUGCAAUCGCUGGGGCUGAUCCUGCACACAAAAAUGCGCGGUUCCUUCAUCCCGAGGAUGCGAUAUCGCCGCGCACCGGCUCGCCGGUAGCGCAGGUGGCCACCGAAGGCACGUUUGACCCAAAGCCUGCCUAUGCCCAGACGGACGAGGAGGAGGAGGAGACACGCAAUGUAGAGAUGAAUCUCCGGCGCUGGGCCGAGCAAGAAAAGCUGCACAGAAAAAACUCACGCCACGCAACUAUGCGGAACCCCGUACCGACGAACAGCUCGAGCGGGCUCGUCCGCAAGUUUAGCAGCUCAUUGUCGCGUGUGCCGUCGCACCUUCGCUCGCGGAAUACCCAUGCUCCUUUGGACAAUACGUUUGAGAUGCAGGGCAGCUACGGCCACACCGCCGACGCGCCACGCCCGCACCGCUACGACUCGGUCGACAGCGAUGAGGGGCAGUUUGUCAGCGUCGGCGAGAGCAGCGAACAGCAGGCCCUCCGCGCGGACCAGUCGCACAGCUUCUACGAGCAGGAACCAGGCACUGGCGACCUAGGCUCCGUUUCGUUUGACGAUUUUGACGAAAACAAAGAUCCAGGCUCGGUGCGGCCGGAAGGAGCACAGCCCCCGACAACCGCGGCCGCAUACGACGCCGCGGUGCCUGCCGCGGACGCGCCCUACCCGCCCGAGGCACUGGACUCCAACAUGGCCUCUGCCAUGGCAAAAAUCCGCUCGCACAACUUCCCGACCGUCACCGUGGGGCGCGCUUCGAGUGUGCAGCACCGUAAGCGGGGAGAACGCCCAGAAGAAGCGCUGACUGUCGACACCUCGGCACCCUACGUGCCGCAUACACGGCGGGGCGUCAUUAGUGCGAUUCCCGAGGCUGCACACCAGGACGAGGUCGAGGCAGACGUCGUGAGCAGUAAAGCGCCGAGCGACCCUUUUUCCUCGCCCCGGCACAAUGCCAGCGAGCCGAUGAGUGCAGGGGCUAUUUCGGAUAUGCACCCGGCCGUCAUCGACAUGCCGCUGGCUGCCGACCAGAACGACUACCAGGGGCCCGCCGCCUCGAUGCACUUUGGCGAGGACCAGCGCGAAAACGACGUGGCGCCGUCCCGCCGCUGGUACUGGUCGGACUUGCUCCUCGGCUGUGGACUGUGCUCGACCGACGACGACGACGAAGAGCAGGCCGGCCGUACCAAUCCCAUGGAGUGA